AUGUCGCUUCUAAGACUUGUAAUAACAUUUUACAAUAUAUUUUUUCCCCCAAAGAUUUUCAGUCUCGAUCUUGGAGGUAUAUCUGCGAUUGUCCUGAAUGGCUACGAUGCAGUGAAAGAAUGCCUUGUCCAUCAAAGUGAGGUUUUUGCAGACAGACCAUCUCUUCCUUUGUUCAAGAAGCUGACAAACAUGGGAGGCUUACUGAACAGUAAAUAUGGCAGAGGAUGGACAGAACACCGCAAAUUAGCUGUAAAUUCCUUCCGAAUUUUUGGAUACGAUCAAAGGUCCUUUGAACACAAAAUCUCAGAAGAAGCUAUGUUUUUUCUUGAUGCCAUUGAUACAUACAAAGGCAAACCAUUUGAUCUCAAGCACUUGAUAACAAAUGCAGUUUCAAAUAUUACUAACUUGAUAAUUUUUGGAGAACGUUUUACAUAUGAAGACACUGAAUUCCAGCACAUGAUUGAGAUUUUUAGUGAAAAUGUUGAAUUAGCUGCUAGUGCUUCUGUAUUUUUAUAUAAUGCUUUUCCUUGGAUUGGUAUCUUGCCAUUUGGGAAACACCAGCAGCUGUUUAAAAAUGCAGCAGAAGUCUAUGACUUUCUUCAUAAGCUUAUUGAGCGUGUCUCUGAAAAUAGGAAGCCUCAGUCACCUCGACAUUUUGUAGAUGCGUAUUUAGAUGAGAUGGAUUGCAAUGAAAAUGAUCCAGAAUCUACAUAUUCAAGAGAAAACUUAAUUUUCUCUGUUGGAGAACUCAUCAUAGCUGGGACAGAAACCACCACAAAUGUUUUAAGAUGGGCAGUGUUAUUUAUGGCUCUGUAUCCAAAUAUUCAAGGACAAGUUCAAAAAGAAAUUGAUUUAGUCAUUGGCCCAAACAAAAUGCCUACCCUGGAAGAGAAAUGCCAAAUGCCGUACACCGAGGCAGUUCUGCAUGAGGUUCUGAGGUUCUGCAAUAUUGUUCCACUGGGGAUUUUUCAUGCAACUUCUAAAGAUACUGUUGUGCGGGGUUAUUCUAUUCCCGAGGGCACUACAGUCAUUACAAACCUCUACUCUGUUCACUUUGAUGAAAAAUACUGGAGCAACCCGGAAGUGUUUUCUCCUGAGCGGUUUUUGGACAGCAGUGGGCAGUUUAUCAAGAAAGAGGCGUUUGUUCCUUUUUCACUAGGAAGACGCCACUGUCUCGGAGAGCAGCUAGCCCGGAUGGAAAUGUUCUUGUUUUUCACUUCCUUACUGCAGCGGUUUCACCUGCGUUUUCCUCAGGGUUUGGUUCCCGACCUGAAGCCGCGGCUGGGCAUGACCUUGCAGCCCCAGCCCUACCUGGUCUGUGCCGAGAGGCGCUGA